UAUUGUUUUUGUGGAAAUGAGGAAUCCUUUGACAAUAUGAUAUUGUGUGACAGUAAAAAAUGUAGAGUUAAAUGGUAUCAUUUGAGGUGUGUUGGGUUAAUAAAUGUUCCAAAGGGUAUGUGGGUAUGUCUGAAGUGUAGGUCCAAGUGCUAG